UCAGUGUACUGCUGUCCUUUAUGUUAUCAUUUCUACAUGCAAGUGCGUGUUCUCCGCAUUGUACCUCUCCCUCUUGAAGGCCAGUUUACAUCCUGUACAUCGGAGCAUAGAUAACGUGAAAACAAAAAUCGAUAGCAGGAUGCCUGGAUCUGUGCAUAAUUUAUUUCCCAUAAACAGCAAUUUUUUCGACGAGUUAUUGCUGAAAUAUGUAACUUCAAAUAUGGUAAGGAAGACGUGUGAUACUUAGAAUGUCGCAUUAUAUGAAAGCAGAACGCAAACAAUUCGUGCGGAAUCCGACAGAAUUCAUCAUCCGUCCACUUCAAAGACAAAGGGAGACUGGGGAGCUCUGCGACAUAGUGCUAUGUUUACACGGGAAGGAGUUCCGUGCUCACAAGGCAAUUCUGGCUCUGUGGAGUCCGUAUUUCUUAUCCAUGUUUACCUGUGAAAUGAGAGAAAAAACAUGCGAAUGUAUUAAUCUUUCAGAAUCAUUGAUGUUAGAAGACCCAGAAAUAUUCGGAUUGGUGUUAGAUUAUCUAUACACUGGUGCAAUCACAUUAAAUGUUUCCAAUGUAGAAGAUGUUUUGAAGAUAUCGGAUUUCCUUUUGCUAGAUGACGUGAAGGAUUUCUGCAGGCAGUUUUACUUGGAUUUGGGAAACCUUGACCUCUCAAAUUGCCUAAGAGUGAAUUUUCUGGCGGAAAAUCACAAUCUACCAGAAGUAGCAAGUUCAUGCCAAAAAAUAAUUGAGUCCAGAUUUCAUGACUAUUUGAUUUUCCAUGAAGAAAUAUUAGACUUGUCGCCUCAGAAUCUGUUCAGACUAUUGGAAUCUCCAAGAGUUGUCCACAAUACAAAUUACCAUGAUUUGAAAAGGUUGGUAAAAAGAUGGAUAGAUCAUGACAAAGCAUCACGUGCUGUUUAUUUUGAUGACCUUGUAUCAUGCAUCAAACUCUGUCUAUAUGAUUCAUGUGAAGUUACUAGUACCAUUGCAAGUUUUGAAACGAAGAGGAAGACUCAUAUGCAGUCAUCACUGUGUGAGAAAAAUGAUGAGAAAGCUGUAGAUCAGUUGAGUCAUAGACGUGAAAAUGCCCUGCACAGUUCCAUUAACUAUGGUGAUGGUGUCAGCCCUGUCCUAUAUGCAGUUGUCAGUAAUCCAGGGAUGAAAUAUUUCAAAAUGCUUGUGUACAGCAUCAUGGACCAAAAAUGGUGUCAUUUCAACAUGCUAGGAGAUAAACUUAUCCAUUUCAUUCCUUCAAGGCAAAAUGUGUCCAGCAUGGUUGCCCAUGGAUAUUGUUUGUACUUAUAUCUCUGCUCAAGCUUUCCAUACCCAACAGACAUGUUGAAAAUUAAUGUCCUUGCACUGGAUCUGUUAAAAGGGCAGCCAACUCUUUACUCAUUUAAAACAGGAGAUUUUUACAACCCUUGCUAUCGAACGACAUUAACUAACCACAAAUCAGUGCCACCUGCCAUUGUUGCUUGUGGACCACACCUCUACAUAAUAGGAAACAAAGAAGGAACGGGAAAUUUGUUUUUGUGCAAUAUGAAUAACUCGCAGUACAGGUGCUUUCAGAUUCCAGGGGCAAGGUUUAUUUCCCUUGCUCGGAUGGCUGUGAAGAGUGACAGAUUCAUUUUUUUGUGGUUCCGACACAGAACAGGUCCUUCAGAGGAAUUCUGUAUAAAGAAGUCAGUGGGAUUUGCAAUGUUUGACUCCAGAUUGAAGAUCUUCAAUUCAUGGGAAAUUUCCCCACCAGAAAUAUCAUAUGAUGAAUUUGCAAAGCCAUAUACUCUCUGUGUUCGUGAUGAAACACUCCUGAUAUUUCUCCCGGGAAAACCAGCUCUGGUAUUAGAUGAAGUCAGAUGCAAGUGGAUAACGUCAUUGAGGAAGCUACCCAGUACUGGUCUGCAAACAGACAUUCAUACAGAUUCCUAUGGCUUCCAUAUACAAGCUGCAACAGACUCUGGCAUAUUCCUCCUGAGCAAUGGGGCUCCUUUUACCACCUCCAUGACAGAAAUCAGUGAAAUGUUUCCUUCUGCAGUCAUUCACAAGCCGCCUCCCAUUGACAACAUCUCCUUAGUGACCACGGGACAGAUGAGUCGAUCAGACAUCCAGGAACUAGAGACAUUCUCACGAUAUGAUGAUUCCUACACUUCAGCACUGCAGGUCACUAUGAGGUUCUCUGACCACGAGACAGAAGAGAGUGGAACUUCACCUUCAGAACAGGACUCGGACAAUGCUUAUGAAUAUGAUGAUGACAUCUAUGAUUAUGACUAUGAUAUCGAUGGAGAAUUUGGGUUCUAAUUAAUUAUUUGUCUUGUGAAUAUAUCUAUAUAUACUCUUGUUGUUUUGAUAUCAUGUUACCUACACCCUAUACCCCCUCCAAAGCAGUAUGAAAAUAUACCACUGUCCUAUUUUUCAUAUUUGUAAUACAUGUGAUAUGGAAAUUAUUCUUGACAUAUGCUUGCAUUAUUUUGUUUUGAAAUGUUCAGCCUUUAUUUCUUAAUUAACAUCUGGAUUCUUCCUGCUGUUUUAAACAAUAGUAUAGCUGUAAGAUAUUAUGUGUUGUAAGCAUGAUAUAUUGUAUCGCAUAAUCCUAUUUAAUUAUUAUAACCUACAAGUUUCUAGUCAUUACACAUGUUGUAGCAGAAUCUUAUCCUAUAUUCAUUUUACAUAUGUAGUACGAAGUACAUUUUGAGAUAUUGUUCAAUGUUUUAUUUGGUUAAUGCUCUUACAUGUUACAUUUUUCAGACAAUACCUCUAGUCUUUUUGAAAAUGAUUAUUACAUGCUUUUCUUUUUGUAUAAUAUACAACAUGUACUAGUCAUUAUACAUAAUGUUGCAGACUAUUUUUACAAAGAAAUAUUUUGAUUUAUUUUACCUUGUAAUGUUUUGCUUUAUUUUACAUUGUAAUGUUUUGCUUUAUUUUACAUUGUAAUGUUUUGCUUUAUUUUAUAUUGUAAUAUUUUGCUUUAUUUUGCAUUGUAAUGUUUUGCUUUAUUUUACAUUGUAAUGUUUUGCUUUAUUUUACAUUGUAAUGUUUUUAAUGUUUUGCUUUUUUUCUGAUUGGUUAAUAUUCUCGCAUAUUUAAAAUUUCAUACUGUGUAAAGUGAAUGUCUAGUCUGUGUAAAGUGAAUUUCUAGUCUUUUUUUUCAAAAUUACAUGAAUGAGUUAUUUACAGAAUUCAGAGAGAGAGAGAGAAAGAGAGAGAGAGAUUUAGAGAUUUGCAGAAUUCAAAAAGAGAGAAAAUGUUGAUCUGCUUAGGUACAUGCACAGAUAAUAACUUUUCACAACAGAUUUUGGGAGUGAAAUGGUAACUUAGCCUUCAUUUGUAUGUUGUGUUUUUGUUGAUUCAGGCUUGACCUGGCUUAUGUACAACAUUUCAGCGGCUUGUACAAUGUACAUAUUUAGCCGUGCAGGAAUGACACCUUUUAUGAAAACAUUGGUUCUUACUUGUUUGUGAAAGGUGAAGGUCACUGGAAAUAAAAAAGUGGACAAUGUUAAAGUCAACUUUCUGAACCAAUUAUUAGUCAGAUUUGCAGGAAUGUUAUCUUCAAUAUUUUGUUUUUUACAGGUCACAUGUGAAAUAUUAAAGUCAUUUAAAAGAAUGUUUGUGAAAAUGUGUUAUAUCUCCACUAAUAUAAUGAUGAUGAGACAGUUGUUAAUUCGAUUUUUUUUCGCUACUAUUGUUUAUUUGUCCAAAAUAAAGUCCAUUUGAAAAUUUG